CUUUCAUCAAGUAAAGUAGCCUUAUUGGUUAUGCAAAGCAGCUCCCCUUCGUUCCUAUUUCAUCCACUUUAUCGAAAGAAGCUUCUGUCCGCAAGUGAUUUAAGCAUCUCUCGAUUGAUCCUCCCAAUUAGCUUGUUUCAAUAUGGGAAAAUUCCGGGUUGAAGUCUGCCUGAUCUCUGCGCGCGGGCUUCGUCGUUCAUUGUCGCUUUGGAAGCUCCAGUGGUUUGCUGUUGGGUGGGUUGAUCCGAACAACAAAUACUGCACCAAGAUUGAUGCCUCAGGAAAUGCAAACCCAACCUGGAAAACAAAGUUUUCAGCCAUUAUUGAUGGUUCAGAGUCCAACUUGCAAGAUCUAGCUUUGCACAUCCAAGUGUAUAGUAGAGAGCCUGUCUUCCUUAGAGAGAAGCUUCAAGGAGUGGCAGCCGUUUACUUGAAAGAAUUCUUGACCAAGUACAUGAAGAAUUCACCGAACGUUUCAAGUCCAGGAACUGAAGAAGUGGGGAGCUUCCAAUUACGGAAAAAGAAUUCCAAUAAGCCGCAAGGAUUUAUCGAUGUUUCUCUUCGGAUCUCAGAGGAGAGAGAGGGAGAGAGUUCUAACUCAGGUCAGUCAGGCAAUGGGGAAGGAUUUAAGCUUACAGGCUCCCACGAAUAUGUUCCCUUGGCCAUGGAAGAUGGGUUUAAGCAUUUUUAUCCACCUCAACCGCUUCCCACUCCACUUGGCCAGUCUGAAAAUUACCCGCAGAUGAAUUCCCCCAACUCCCAUCCAAUGUCAUUCCCCAUAGACAACUUAAACCCAUCUUUACGAGGACCAAGCUACAAACUGGCAAGUGGUCCAAGCUAUUGUCCACCUCGGACUCCUCCACCACCACCUCCACCUUCUAACGUAGGAUAUAUACCCACUUUUCUCCUCAGAGCAGACCAAUUGCCAACAACCUACGUGAAUAUGCCAUCAUCUGGGGCAGCACCUAUACGCCGAUCUGGUGAACCUGGUUUUGCAAUGGGGGCUGGUGUUGGGGCAUUGGCAGCUGGGGCUGUGAUCUUUGGUGAUGAUUUUAUGUCGGGAUUUGAUUUUCCGGCAGGUUUACAAGAUGCUAGCCUUACCAUAUCAACCGAUCCAAAUUUAUAGUUUCCAUGUAAUACUGUCCUAACCUUGCAAUUAAUAAAUGUACCUUGUGUCAUAUAACAGCAAUGAUUAUGAUCUAUCUAUUACCUAAAGUUGGAUUAAAGUCAUUAAACCCACAUUCCCAUU